CCCGGGAGUUUCCGUGGCUUGCGAGGUUGCGGGGGACAUGGCCCUGCCGCCCUUCUUCGCCCCGGGUCGCCCGGGUCUGCCGCCCCCACAGCCGCCGCCUCCGACUCCCUUCGGCUGCCCGCCACCACCGCUUCCCUCGCCGGCUUUCCCGCCGCCGCUUCCCCAGCGGCCUGGUCCUUUUCCGGGGGCCUCUGCCCCCUUCCUGCAGCCUCCGCUGACUCUGCAGCCCCGGGGCCCCGCAGAAGCCUCCCGGGGCGGCGGCGGCGGCGGCGUGCACGCUCAGGCCGCGCCGCUGCGCGCCGAACUGGCCGAGCGCCUGCAGCCGCUGUCCCAGGCCGCCUAUGUGGGUGAGGCGCGGCGGAGGCUGGAGAGGGUCCGGCGCCGUCGACUGCGGCUUCGUGAGAGGGCCCGGGAACGGGAGACCGAGCGGGAAGCGGAGGCCGCGCGGGCGGCGGAUCGCGAAAUAGAGAUUGACCGCUGGAGGGUCAAGUGCGUGCAGGAGGUGGAGGAGAAGAAGCGGGAACAAGAACUCAAAGCUGCUGCUGAUGGUGUCUUAUCUGAAGUAAGGAAAAAGCAAGGUGACACCAAAAGAAUGGUGGACAUUCUUCGAGCUCUGGAGAAACUGAGGAAACUGAGAAAAGAGGCUGCAGCAAGGAAAGGGGUCUGUCCUCCGGCAUCAGCGGAUGAGACUUUUGAGCAUCAUCUUCAGCGGCUGAGAAAACUCAUUAAAAAGCGUUCUGAAUUGUAUGAAGCUGAAGAGAGAGCCCUCAGAGUUAUGUUGGAGGGAGAACAAGAGGAAGAGAGGAAAAGAGAAUUGGAAAAGAAACAGAGAAAAGAAAAGGAGAAAAUGUUACUUCAGCAACGUGAAAUUGAAUAUAAGCUAUUUGGGGAUCCAGACGAGUUCCCACUUGCUCACCUCCUGCAGCCUUUCCAACAGUAUUAUCUCCAGGCUGAGCACUCCCUGCCAGCGCUCAUCCAGAUAAGGCAUGAUUGGGAUCAGUACCUUGUACCAUCGGAUCACCCCAAAGGCAAUUCUGUUCCCCAAGGAUGGGUCCUUCCUCCGCUCCCCAGCAAUGACAUCUGGGCAUCCGCCAUUAAGCUGCAUUAAGGAAGAUGUUCCAGGAGUGUGUGUGUGUGUUCCAGCUCUUAUCAGUGAUGCUUCCAUGUCAUGCUGUAGACUGAACUACAACUCUAAUGCUCCAUGUGGUGUCGCCUGAAGUUAAGCUUUCUUUCUAUUCUCUGUCCUCACCAGAGAUUCCUCCUGAAUCAGGAGAUUAACACAGUUCUUCAGCAAAGGACCACAGUGACCUGUGGUUUUACCAUAGGCAGUGGCCUUAGUUCACCAAAUUUGCCUCUGUUUUGAGGGGCUUAGUUCAGAGUGACUUGUUUAUUUUCUUUAGCUUCCUUGUACAUUGAUGGUAAGUACGCCGAACAUACUCAGUUCAUAUGUGCGGGAUAGAAGGCAAACUUCAUGCAAAACCUCCUUCCUUUCCUACGCGGAGACCCUUCAGUUCCCAAAAGUGAAAGGACGAAAAUUUGAUCUUCAGUUUUAUUCAUUCCAGUUUUGGGAUGUUUUGGCUAUAGUUAGGAACGUGGCAGUGGCUGCAGGAGGAGCUGCCAGAGAAGAUGAUGCCUGGUGUUGUAGUCACGUGGAGAAUUCAGAGAACCUGAAGAGCACCCUACCCACACUGGACAGUGUUCUGCACUUUCCUCACGUUCCUCAUCCUAAUGAAAGUACUUGUUUUUGAAGUUUCUAGGCAUCUGGUGGUUCAAAACCUCCAGGGAUAGAAACGUAUUUCUCUAUGGUGGUGGGACCUUAAUCUCACUCAUAGGAGCUGGUAGAGCAGUAGAAUUUUCUUAGGAACUCAGGUUUCCAGAAAUGUCUAUGUAGUAAACAUUGGGGGGGGGGAAGCAAAUAAUAAAAUUUUUCAUAUUCAUUAAUAAAUGUUGUGCUUGGAUCUGA